GCAUUACAUUCCUUCCGCUUCGCGACAGCACAUUCGCCUGACAUGUCUCCCACCCGGGUAGGUGUUAUCGGUGCAGGCGUCUCCGGACCCGUCAUGGCCAUGUUCCUCAAGCAGAAGGGAUACGACCCCAUCCUCUACGAACGCCUUGACGCUCCUUCCGACGCAGGUCUCGGUCUAGGGAUCCAGCAGAACGGCCAGGCUGUGCUAGUCCGAAUUCCAGGGCUGCUCGAGCACAUCGACGGCCACCGAGCGGAUGAGUUCCACUUCUAUUCAGUCCUGCCCGAGGAUCCUGGUCUGCUCGGGAUAAGCGAACACCCGCGCCAGCUGCGCGAGACCCAGGGGCUUGGGACCAUUACCAUGCAGCGCCCGAUCCUGCACAAACGGCUUGCCGAGUUCGCACAGAAGCUUGGUAUUCCUAUCAAGUAUGGACACAAGCUCGAGAAGCUCGAGCAGACAGAGGACAGCGUCACCGUCACCUUUGCCAACGGCGUCCAGGAGACAUUCAGCUUCGUGAUUGGGUGUGAUGGCCUGCACAGCAAGACUCGCAGCUGUCUCUUCGGGGAAUCGCCUGCAGACUAUACAGGCCUGGCUUCGUGGGGUGGUUUGUCUCCCAUUCCCGAAUUCUGGAAGGGAAAGCAUGCACUGGCCGACUUGUAUGAUAAUGGCGCACACAUGAUUGUUGUCCCCAUGAGCGACUCGUUGAUGAUCUGGGCUGCGUCCGUGCGCGAGCCGGAGGCAAAGGAAGAGUGGAGGUCGAUUGAUCCUGCAGUGGCCGAGGACUUCAAGAAGAACUCGCCGUUUAGCGAGUGGCCCUUCGGCGCCGGUGAGGCGAUACAGAACAGCUUGAAGAUUGUCAGGUAUGGGAUUUAUGACCGUCCUGAGCUGAAGACCUGGUUCCAAGGACGGGUGGUCCUCGUCGGAGACGCCGCCCACCCUACUAGUCCGCACCUCGGUCAGGGCGCGAACCAGUCGUACGAGGACGUCGGCCUGUUGAUCGACCUUCUCGAGCAGCACAACCCCUCGGCGGAGUCACCAUCGACGGAAACGCUGAAGACGGUCUUUGCGGAGCUGGAGCGAGUGCGCCUGCCACGCACGGCGGACCUUGUCAAGAAGGCGCGUGCGCAGGGUGAUGCGCGUGUCGUGACGGGUGUGGAGGAGUGCAUCAAGCGCAAUAACUUCUACCGCGAUAUGUGCAAAGAUCCCGCCAAGAUAAGGGCUCGUUUUGGUUUAGCAUGAGGUACAGCUUGGUGGCUUUUGCAACAGGGGGCGGCUAUGUCAGAAUUAGUGCUUCUAUCACAGGUCCUCGGAAUGGCGACUUUUUAAUUUAGAUUGCUUCUACCAGUUU